AAGAUCCACGGCGGCGCGCAAAACUUCUGCAACAUGAACUCUACAGAUUGGUGCGCAACAUCGAAAAUAGAAAAGAAACUCACAAAGCGCUUGUCUACGCGACCUCUGAACACACCAGCCUGCUACGAUACUCAUAGCAACUGAGUAACCAUCAGCGCCUAGCCAUGUUGCUUUUUAUUGCAGACUCGCUUUAUUUUGUAUUAGGGUGUGUAGACUAAACAGUUCUUGUGUACACCGCGCAUUAAACAGUCUACUAAUGUGUACCAAUUUGUCAAGAAUGAUCCACCUUUUAGUCAUUGUUUUCUUGGGAUUAUUCUCAAAUAUUGAAGGUUCACAUAUGGGAAAUGAAUUUCUGGUACAGUUCCCAUACAUGCCUGAAGGCCAACCCAUCCUAAUGAUGUACUCAACCAGGCUCGACUCAUUUGAUGUUUAUGUCACGGCACCAUUGGCAUUACAAGCCGUGUUCAAGAGAAUUCAGCUGAAACGUUUCGAGGUCAGCUCUUACACGGUUCAACGGAAAUACUUAGCAUUAGCUGGUGGCAGCACAUCGUCUAUUGUCGCCAAAGGAAAACUAGAUUUUGGGAUGACGGUGUUUUUGGCGAUAUCCCUCCACUCGGCUGCCAGUUUCCAGGCCAUACCAAGCGCCGGUUGGGGCGUGGAGUAUUUUGUUCUGGUACCAAAGCUGGGACCUUCGAUUAUUGUAAUUUCUUUAGUAAACGACAAUGAAAUCAAGAUUCGCUUUGCUGAAGAAAUGGAAACACUAGCAUCAUACUUUACGGAACAUCUCCUAUCGACCGUUGCCGUACAAAGGAAAGAGGCGUACAUCAUGCAGAACUGUACUGGAAGAACCGUCGGAGAGAAGCCUCUCGGAGUCACACCGGUAAAACUAACAUCCUUGUUUGCAUUUGGCGUCAUUAUCGGAUCGUGCGAAAAAUACGAAUUUAAAUCAGAAUGUGAAAGAGCAGAUAUCAAAAUCGCUGGAGGAGCUACGGCAGAAAUGGUUUUCCCCCUUAUGUCCUGGGGAAAACAAUUUAUAUUACCUUCAAUAUUAAAGAAAUCGUGUGAGCAGAGUUUACGAUUCCUAACGCAUAAGCCAAAUACAGUUAUACUUGUAACGUCGAACGAGGAAUCACAGGUGAUAAACGUUGCCGAGGCAGGUGCCAUGGAGACGCAGCGGUUGACCUCGCCUUCUAUAAUUCACGUGAAGACCUCUGAGCAGAUCAUGCUUUAUGUUGACUACGAAUAUCCGUGCGUGAAGGAGGAAGAUGUUCGCUUUCAAGAGCUUGUCAUGGUGGUCCCAAUGCAUUUGUUCAUGAAUGAAUACACUUGGAGCACCCCUUCAGCGAGAGGCUAUACACCAGCACAUUACAUCUCGAUCGUAGCACCAAUCGAUAAUUUUUUUAUCGAUAUCGAUACACGAAAAGUCAGCUUGAGGUGGAAGCGAGACACAAUAAACCGUUGGCAGACGGCUUUCUCCAGGCUCGAACCCGGUACCCACUACAUAUCGUCAUUAACAGGAAUUCCAUUCGGAAUGUAUGUGGUCGGGCUGACCCCGGAUUACCAGUUUAUCCAUAUCGCUGGAUUUCAUGUCGCACUCGAUAAUCAGGAAUCGUGUGAAAGGACAGCCGCGCGAUACAAUGACGGGCUAGAUAACGAUUGUGAUGGUUUAAUUGAUGAGGAAAGAGAGAAUCUAAAAGAUGAUGAUUUUGAUGGUGAGAUAGAUGAAGACAUGGCAUCGUACGCCAGCAUUAACGUAACUGGUUUAUCUCUCCCUUUACCAAUGCCAGUGCCUCCGUUUGUCGCAGGAUAUUUACCACCAGAGUGUCCUUGCCCAAGUAUCAACAGCUGCCAAAUGGAGAUGUGCCAAGAACUCAAUGCGUACAUUGUGUGCCUAGAGAGCAUCGUAACACAGACCAAUUGCGACAUCAAAACACGAAUGGAAGCGAUGAGAAAGUUGAGGUUAAGAGAGAUCAAAAACUCUUCACUAAGUUCUUGCAUAAGCCAAUGUCCUACAUUUCUCCACUCUUGUAUCCCAGCGGGAGCUAAUACAGAGGCGAAAAUGUCGUGCAGGCAAUACGCCUCAUACCUCGGAUGUCUGAAAGCUGUCUCCAACAACCCCAGCUGUCCCCGCACCUUCAAGGAUGAGGCGGAGAGGUGGAUUAUCGUCACUGAGAAUAUGGAAAUCAAGAAUCUCUGUCUUCAAGAAGUGGCUGCGUUAGACAUUAAAAACAUCUCAGAAUCAGUGAAUCCAUCCGAUGGCGGUCCAGCUCCCGAGGGUUGGCAUAAGAUUACUGGAAAGUGCAUAAAGUUAAUAGUAGAAAGAAAGCAAUAUGCUGUAGCGGUUGAGUCAUGUUCUAAAAUGGAGUCACAGCUACUGACCAUUAUGAGUGGUGAUGAGACUUCUGAAGUUGACAAUUAUCUUACCAAUGGAGAAGAAAUCAAUAGUACAUAUGUAGGAUUAAAAAAAGAAGGCGAUCAAUGGCAAUGGGAUUCAGACGAUACCAACUCUACUAUACAAUUUGCUGAUUGGGGUGUCGAGGCUUCAAAUGACAGUUUAAAUGAGAGCAACAAUUGUGCAGUCAAGGAUAAAAGCCUGGGUUUCAAAUGGCGCCCCGUCCCGUGUAACUCAGAACACGGUUUCAUCUGUCAAAAAUCAUGCGGUGCGGAGCCAUUAUCAAAAAGUUCCAUAUAUCAAAUUAGAGAUAAGUUCUAUAUUGCGAACUCAGGCUCACCCGCUCUGCGAACGUUGAUAAAGCUAGUUAGAGAACAGGAGAAAUUACAAAUUUUCAAAGGAAGGUGCCCUGCUGAUCCAAAAGCCUGUGCAGUUACAGGACUAGACAAGUGUUUAAACGUUCAUACUCAAUUUGAUUGUUUUCAAGAAAUUUUAAGAAACAGGAGAUGCUCAAAGAAACUUAAAGCAUUGAGUGUGGUGAUGCUUACGAGUUUACUAAACGAAUGUUAUCCUCCACAAGCAGGAGGGACUACUAUCCCCACUGAGAGCACCAUACCAGAAGGUCAAACUGAUUUCCCUAUAAAUCUAUAUACUACAACAGAGGAAAUUUUCAAAAUCACAGCAUCAAUAUCAACCCGCGACCCUGCCAGUCCCGCCACGCCAGUAACAACGGUGUCCCUAUCUCCAGGAGCCUACUGUGAUGAUCUGUUCAAGCGGUGUGAGCCGACCAGUGCGGAGAGGAUCGCUUGGUGCCAAAAUGUAGAUAUCCAUUGGAACUGUAUGAAGGGAAUAUUAAAUACUAAAGUAUGUAGCGGCGAUUCCAGGCAAAGGGCGAGCGAUUGGAUGAUUGAAAAUGGCCGGCCUCAGCAUUGUCCACCAACUACCACAACGGACAUACCUGAUUCAAUUAUUGGAAUUGAGGAUUUGAUAUGCGGACCACCCCCUAAAUGUGCUGAUAGCGAUGUCAACUCUGAAACCAUUUGUGAAGAAGACAGCGCUGGUAGAGCCCAAUUGAAGUGCUUAAAUGAAAUUAUAGACAGAGAUUUUUGCUUUCCGAAGGAAGCUGAAACUGCGAAGACAACGAGAAUGAGGAUCAUUGACAACAUGCUAGACUUCAACUGUGAAGGAUUAAACUAUGACUUAGUACGGUUUGUACAGUUUGAGCCCGAUUGUGAACAGUGUAUCACACUGGGAAGGUCCACCCUGUUCUUCUACUAUACGCUUAACACAACUCUAAACGCCAAUGGUCAGUGCAAUAAAUUGUACUUUGAUUACUGCAAUGGCGACGAGAAUGAGUGUGAUCAAAUUAGCUCCUGGGACACGGCUUGCACAUUCGAGUCUGAUUGCUCAGAUCUAAAAACGGAUCCCAAUCUUCGAACCCACCCAAUUGAAGCUAUGUGUAAUAUUUGGGAAGAUGAAAAUACUGUAAAGCAAGUGAUUGUGACCAUACCAACAUAUUUAUUCAGAAGUGUCAAUUAUCGUUACCGUGCUCGAUUGUCUUCAGACUUCAGUGCGUCAAACAAGAGCGCCAUAUUCGGCGUGAGCAAAUCCUUUAUCGUAAAGAAUCUAAUUGACGAAAACAAGGCUAUAGUAGAGCCUAGGUCAACGAGUGGCGCUGAUAAUCCACAUGAUUUGUCUAUCUUCUGGUACAUAGUGGUGGCUGCAUUGAAUGUAGCGGCUUUAGUCACAGGAGUUUGAAGCUCACACCAGCAAGUUUCGGUUUCUGGCCAAGUCUCUCAACAUCUUUAUAAAUUAUACUCAAUGUUUUUUAGCAGCCCACACGCUGUUUUAGUAAUGUAUUCUCCUUGAUUGGUAUAUACCUAAAUAAUACAUCCACACCAAAUCUUUUGGAAAAUUAUAUCAUACAACAAAAACAUUUAAUUAUGCAUCAAAUAAUUUUAAAACUCUACAAUAAUUAUAAUAAAUAUCAACAUUGCAGAUGUAGAUGAGCAUAAAUAAAAAUAAAUCUUU